AUGGCGCAGAAUGUCGAAGCAUGGACACUGUUGGCCCUGGCUCUCGUUGUCAUCGCUUUUCGCGUCUACGUCCGAUGGACUCUCGUUGGCCCAUCGGGCUUUCAACUGGAUGACUAUCUCAUGCCACUGGCCGGAAUUGUCUUCGUGUUGGAAACAGUCGCGGCAUAUCUGGUGGGCGCCAACUAUGAAGGCUUGACAAACAGCUACAUGACGGCCGAACAGCGUGCUACGCUGGACCCGCACUCAGCAGAAUGGGCUCAUCGCGUGGCGGGGUCGAAGAUUCAAGUGCUUGGAUGGUCACUCUAUGUGGCUAUCUUGUGGCUGAUCAAGUACGCCCUGGCGGUCUUCUACUCGCGAUUGACAACCGGUCUCCAAAAUCUGCCUCAGCGCGUACGAAUCGCCUAUAUCAUUCUCGGGGUGUCAUGGCUCGCCACUCAGCUGUCGGUACUUUUGUCGUGUCAACCUUUCCAUGCAUUUUGGCAAAUCAAUCCGAACCCAGGCAAUAACUGUCAACCAGCCAACUCCAUGGUAUACGUAGUGGUUGUGGUUCUGCUCAAUGUGAUCACCGAUAUCUACCUUCUUUCGAUUCCACUUCCCCUGCUGUGGCAAGUCAAGAUCAGCAUGAAACAGAAGAUUCCGCUGAUGGGUCUUUUCUCGGGGGCUGCCUUUGUCAUUACAGCCUCGAUCAUUCGAGCCGUUAUGAUCACAACGGCCGGACGAGAAGGCGCCGUUGCCGGAUCCAAAUGGGCGUGUCGGGAAACCUUUGUGUCGAUCAUCGUCUCCAAUCUGCCCAUCAUUCAGCCCUUGAUCCGUAAGGGUUUCAAGAAGAUCGGUCUGUCCCAGCUCUUCUCAUCCUCCGGAAAGCAAUCGGGAGGACGGUCCUACCCUCUCUCCAGCCGCGGUCUUCAAACCCUCUCGACCCAUGCAGACCGCAGCGGUAAGAGGAGCAAGAAUUCACAGGGACUCACGCAGACGCAAGUGUCUGCAUGGGGCAGCGAUGAGCAUAUUCUCACCGAACCAGAGCCGACCUCGAAAGAAAUCACCGUUGUCUCCGAGACAAUUGUCGAGACCGAGGCUUGGACGAAAGAUCCAGCGCAGGCGCCCGGUCGUGUUCCGUCACCGAAUCAAUGGGAUGGUCGGGGGACUGCGCAUUAA